AUGCCUUCAAGCCCGACAGUUCAAGAACUUUUGAAGAGAAAUGCUCAAAGUGCAAAGAAUCAUGAACCAAUCCCAACCUUAACCGAAAUAAGCCAGCUGCCAGCAGAGCAACAACUACCAAUGCCAAAAUGGUUCAUUGUAUCCUGCUGUGACAAUCGAAUCGAUCCCUUCGAGAUCCUAGGCUUAGAAAAAUGGGACGCAGUUGUUGUUCGGAGUUGCGCUGGUCGUAUAGCGCCCCAAAUGCAGAACCUUUUGUUCCUCGAUAACGUUCUACACUUCACUGAUGUGAUGAUUAUGCACCAUACUGAUUGCUCGGCUGAGCUUUUCAAGAAUGAUGACCUCCGUGAUAUUUUGAAAGAGCGCGCACCCGAGGAGAGUGCAACUAUUGAAGAGCUGAGACUUCCUGGAUUCGAUGAGUAA